CCGAUAUGACCUAGCAUUAUUGUUCAAUCCUGAAACGUACAAAGUAAAACGAAAGUGGAUCAGAUAAUAUUAGUACAUUUUGCAAUUAGAAAAAAUAAUUCAACAAGAAGAAAAAUUUGGAACAUAUAAUAACAAUGGAACUGAUGUGGAAACCAAAUGAAAGUCUAAUUGUAGACAAAUGAUGUGUACAAACGAUAAAAUAUUAUGGUGACAACAAAUGUUUAAGAAGAAAGCUGAUAUACAGUGGAAGAAAAAUUCAUGGACUUUUCUCAUUUCUUUAAUAAACUUGAAAAAGUACGCAAACACGUCAGUAGUAGUGAGAGUUAUAAGAUAAGAAUAAAUCUUUUUCUCGAUUCUCUUACAUUUACUAUCUAUUAAAAAGUAGUGGAUUUCUUUGCUCUUCAGUUAUAUCAUUACAAAACGACGAACAGAGCACAUUCUUCUUUUUGCUUCGCAUGAUCGUGAAGAAUUUCUUUUCAUAGAAGUAGCAAUGAUGCUAGUUAUUGUGGGUAUACAUCAGCCUAAAAAAAGAGAAAAACUAAUGCCUGUUUCAAAAACAAAGACGAGUUGGUAUUUUUUAAAUAGCUUUUGAUAGAAACAAGAUAGAAAGUCUCAAUUUUCACCUUUAGAAAGAGGAGAUCAAGACACAUCUAAUUAUACAUUAUUACUUCUUUGAAAAUGUUUUCUAAAACUUUUUAAUCAGUGUUCUAACAAAAAGUGUCGAAAAAAAGGUCUCUUGAAACAUAAUGAAAAAAGCAAAAAUGUGAUUCUUUUUACAGAAGCAUUUUAUAGAGGUGUUAAUUGUUAUUGAUCGAGAACCUAAUAUUUUCAAUUACGUGCCCUGUGAUAUUAGUAACAAACCUCACUAGGAUUCUUUUGAGAUAGAUUGUUUUCACGGUGAAAUAAGAUAUUAAACUGUUGUACCAAGUUUCAUUGUUUUUUUUUCUGUAGUUUUUACUCUCAAAUUUUCAUUUAUUGAUUAAAUUUUUUUUAUAACAAUUUUAUUGUUCAAUAUACAUAAAAUAAUAUGAAUCAAUAUAACUAAUUAUUUCUGAGUAGUAGAUCAAAUGUUUCAUCUUUAAAAAGUUAUAUUUUAUCAAAAGUGUAAUACAUCUAAUUCUUUAAUAUUAUUAGAAAAUAUUCUUGUAAUAGAAUUCAUUUGUACUUAAUAACAUAGCUUCAGUUCAGUUCAUCGAAAAACACCAUCUUUCACUCAUCAUAAUACAUAUUUUAUUAUAGUAGAACCUCUACUAGUGAACACUUCAUUAUUAUGAACGAAUUCGAGUUCGACAGAGUGAUUUUUGAUGGAAAUGCCCUCUCUAAUGUGAAUAUGACUUUUUUGACCUCUUUCUAUUCUCUGUCAUCUGUUUCUUAUACAUUACGGGUAAGUAUAUUUUAUUUAUGAUUCGGUUACUGUACAUGUGAAGUAAAGAAUGAUAUCACAACACGAGCUUACUUCGCAAGAAAAAAUAUAAUUAAUUUAUGAUAGUAAUAAUGGUAAUGGUUUAUCACAAUGUAUAUUAGCUGAAGGAUAUUAUAUUUUACUUGGCUCUGCUUCAACUAUUUUAAAAUGUAAAACAGAAUAUUUAAAUGAUUAUGAAACAAAUCAGAAUCAAAAUGUUAAACGAAAAUUAAAAGAUACUGCUGCACAAAAACUAUAUGAAUAA